AUGGCGUCCGCCAUUCACUCACUGCACACUCUCGUCCCCCCUGUCAUUCAUCGCGACAUCAAGCCGGAUAACAUCUGCAUUGAUGAUGAUGGCGCGUUAGUGUUUGUCGACUUCGGCGCUAGCCGCCAGUGCGAGGACGGCACCACUUGCCGAACAGACGUCGGAACCGAACAGUAUAUGGCGCCGGAGGUCCGCCAAGGACGAAACUACAAUCGAACCUCGGAGGUUUUCUCCCUCGGGGCAGUAUUUGCCGAACUUUUCACAACAAUGAGCGGCUACGACGUCCGCACCGGCUUACAUGCGGUACUUCGCAAUCAACCUUUCUCCAACUGCGUUCCAAGAACCCUGAAAUGGCUGAAGAAAAUCAAACCGACCGACGGUUCGCUAGACGCUCACUUGGACCUGAUCGCAAAGAUGUUUGAAACGAAACCUUUGGAUCGGCCGGCGUUGUGGGAGGUUCACCGGGACCUUCUUAGACUCCAAUCCGUCUUCGCCUCCGAAUUCGCCUGCUGUGCGGGAGAGCUGAGCUUCGAGGACGACAACGUAUCCGAUCUGUCCACCCCACCAUCAGAAGACCUGGACGACAUCGUCGCCUAUGCCAGACGCCUUUCGUUCCGGGAGUAA